CCCUGUCGGGCCCAAUGGGGGUAGCCAUCGCGCAGCUUGUACGGCAAGCCAAGCCCGACCGCCUCAUCAUUGAGCCCAGCGGCCUGGGUCAUCCGGCAGGCCUGCUGGACGUGCUGUACAGCGAGCACCUGCGUACGGCACUGGACGUCAAGGCGGUGAUCUGCCUCGUGGAUGUACGACACAUUGCAGCUGCAGAAGGCGGGCUGGGAGAAGGGCUGGUGGCAGGGGAUGAGGAGGGAGGAGGGCAAGGAGGCGGAGGAGGAACUGGCGAUGAUGGUGGUGGUGGACGUGGUGGGAGAGGAGGAGCACCAGUGACGGGCAGCAGGGGGGCGACAGCUGCUUCCGCGGCAGGGGUCCCCAGCGAGACCUUUCAGGACCAGGUGAACGUGGCGGAUGUGGUGGUGGGGCACAAGGCGGACCUGGCCUCGCCCGGGCAGCUGGGCGCCUUCGAGCGCUGGGCGGAGGGGCUGUACCCGCCCAAGAUACGGGUGGUGACAGCCAGCGGGGGCCGGGUGGAUGCAGCCCUGCUGGACCUGCCCCGCACACCCGUGUUCAGGCCCCUCUUCCGACCGCAGUCGCAUGUCAGCCGGCGGCGAGCGGCCCAGAGCAGGUCCCUGCGUGCCGACCCCGCACCACCUGCCGCACCACCCAUGCCGCCUGGCGAGGUGGUGGAGGGGCGGCUAGACCUCCCACACGCAGUACAAGCUGCACCCUUGCUGCCGCCGGGAAGCGUUGAAGGGGAGAAGGGGCAGCGGAAGGAGGCGGCGGCUUCAUCCGUCGCGCCGCCUGCUGCUGCCGGGGCUUAUGACAGUGAUAAGGCGGCUGGUGGAUGUGGGGGUGGUGGUGGUGAUGAUGGUGAUGACUACGGUGGCGGUGUCCAGGCUGCUGUUGACGCACUCGUGCCCCGCCGACCCGCACGCUUUCCGUCGGGUCCGCACCGCCGCUCGGUCGUGCAGCGGCAACAACAACAAGAGCAAGUGCAGGAGCAGGCAGUGCUGUCACACCUGCUGGGAGAAACUCAAGGCCAGGAACAACAGCUGGAGCUACAGAGACAGCAGGGGUCAGGUGCGGAAAGGGAGGAGCAGCAGCAGAUGGCGUCACCGCAGCAACAGGGCGGUGUUCAGGAGCCUCAGGAGGAUGGACCCGAAGAUGCGGACGUGCAGGAGGAGGAAGAGCAGGAGGAGGAGGAGGAGGUGUCAUGCGGCUGGCUGUUCAGCCCGGAAGACGUUUUCGACCGAGGGCGGCUGGCGGCUGUGUUGUCCGCCAUGUGGGGGCGGGCAGCGCGCAUCAAGGGGGUGUUCCGGGUGGGGAAGGCGUCGUACGUGGUGCCGUACAUGAGGCCUGACGGCACACUGGAGCUCCGACCCUUGUCGUACAGGCGGGAGAGCAGACUGGAGGUGAUCGUGGGGUUGCCGGCUGCAUCCCGACCGUCCCAUGGGUCGCACUUGCAUGGGCCACAAUCAGAGGGGAAUACCGGCACACCGUCUUUAAGCCCUCCAGCAGUCGGAGUCCAAGUCGGUGGGGGACAACAGGAAGGGCGACGGGAAGGGCAACUAGUUGAGGGCAGUGUAGCUGCAGCUGCAGCUGCUGCUGCAGCUGCUUCAGCCCUCGAGGUGGAGG